CAUGGGGGACACAGGUGUUGGGAAAUCAUGUUUAUUGUUACAGUUUACAGACAAGCGAUUUCAACCAGUCCAUGAUCUUACUAUUGGUGUAGAAUUUGGGGCUCGAAUGAUAACUAUUGAUGGAAAACAAAUAAAGCUUCAGAUAUGGGAUACGGCAGGGCAGGAGUCCUUCCGUUCCAUCACAAGGUCUUACUACAGAGGGGCAGCAGGGGCUUUACUAGUGUAUGAUAUUACAAGGAGGGACACUUUCAAUCACCUGACAACUUGGUUAGAAGAUGCUCGUCAGCAUUCCAAUUCCAACAUGGUCAUAAUGCUUAUUGGGAAUAAAAGUGAUUUAGAAUCUAGACGAGAAGUCAAGAAGGAAGAAGGUGAAGCAUUUGCACGAGAGCAUGGACUGAUCUUUAUGGAGACAUCUGCCAAAACUGCUUCUAAUGUAGAAGAGGCAUUUAUUAACACUGCAAAGGAGAUCUAUGAGAAAAUCCAGGAAGGAGUUUUUGACAUUAAUAAUGAGGCCAACGGCAUCAAGAUCGGCCCUCAGCACGCCGCGACCAACGCGACGCUCGCCGGCAGCCAGGGGGGACAGCAGGCCGGCGGGGGCUGCUGUUGAGCCCCUCGCGGCUCCCCGGCCGCCCCCCCGCCGCCGACCCGAGCGUUCGCCCUCCCCUUCCCGCCUGCCCCGCUCGCCUCCACUUCAGCUCCGCUGAGACAUGAAACUUGUAAGUUGGUUUCCUGUUGCAGAAGAAGACUUUAUCCUUCAAAUUCUUGUAUAACUUUGAAUAAAUGGUUAAUGUUCACUUAAAGACAGAUUUUGGAGAUUGUAUUCAUAUCUAUUUACCUUUGAUUUCUAGGUCAAUUGAUGUGAUUAUUUUUGUUAAAUGUUGUCUUGUGCCCUUGACUACGAACUGAAUUGUAUUAAACACUACAAAGUCAUCUGAGUAUUUUAAUCAGUUUGUGUAGUUAGGUUUCCCAGCUCCUGUGGUUACCUAAUGUUUAAUAUUGUAGAGCUGUCCUUAAGUUUUUUCUUUUUGUUUUUUUUGUCAAUUUUGAAGGCUAUGAAGAGAAGCAGAAGGACUCUUUUAAUUCUGUAUUUAUCACUUUCUGUAUAUAUAGUUUAAUAACCUGCUUGGGUGUACUUGCCAAGCUAGAAUUCUUUAAUGCAUUUGCAUAAAUUCUCUACUACUUAGCUUGAAACUACAGAAGCAUUAUUAGACAUUGCUUGGACGUGAAAUUUUAAACCUUUCGACAUUAUUAGCAUGUUCAUCCUCCCCUGUCAUUAUCCUGAAGUCCAAAAAAAUGCUUAAUGUAUAUUACUAGAGGCUUCAUACAUGCUAUCUAUUUUAAUGCCAAAUGUUUGCUGUUUGCCCACAAUUUCCACAGCACCUCUUCAGAAAUGGAUUAGCUGUUUGCCUUAAUGAAUGUGAGAGGUAAAAACAAGAGUAUGAAUGGAAAACACAGGAGGAGUUGAUAAAAUGGCACAUUAUUAAACCUUUAAUGUUCUUUUCUUGUUUACCACUUGAUUUCUAAGGAUAUUUUUCAUGCAAGGGCAGUUUUUCAACCUAAUUGUACAGUGUUUGUGUAAAGUUUUCUUUUAGUGACAACUUGUAACCCUAAAUAUAUGGUAAGCAUCUUGUCUAUUGUGAAGAGGGUGUGAAAAUAAAAUCUGCCGGUUUGAAAAUCCUGAUGAAAAUCAAAA